AUGCCGCCUAUUUUCAAGAGCCGCUUCAGCCAUGGAGGGCUCUCAACCGAGGUUCAGGAGCCCACCUCCAUGAUCAUGGCAGUGGCAGGAGGCGCCGCAGCAGCUGGCGGUCUUGCGUUUCUCCUCUGUCAGACCCGUUGCCCCGGGGGCAUUACCGGUGCCAUCGGUGGCAUGUUGGGCGCCAUCAAUCCCCUGAGCUUGUUUAUGAAGAAGGAUGAGAAGGACGCGAAAGACGAAGAAAACGAAGCAGACAGCCUGAAGAAGCUGCAGAAGCAGGUUGAGACCGUCGAAAAGCAGCUUUGCAGUAUGAACUGCAAGCUCACCGCCUUGAUGGGCGCAGCUGCCGGUGCGGCUGCGGGCCACGCAUUCAAUAAGUUCCAGCAGAAAAAAGCCAAUCCUUUGGGAGGGGCCAUGCCGAUGCCAAUGGGAGGACCGCUGGACGAAUGGACGGCACCCCCCUUCUUCGUAUUUAUGAAGCAGCUUGCAGACAUGCAGAAGGACGUCAACGAAGCCUGCGCUCAAGUGCGAUUCCUCGGCCCCCAGGAUCGCGAGCAGACUCGUGCCAAUGACAAGCUAGUCGUGACAAAUUUCAUUUGA